AUGGAUUCUGCAAAGGCUACACGCACCAUUUCCAACCUCGCACGUCUCGUCGACCGUGACGAGGCGCUCAUCAACGACUGGGAUGAAACUCGAGCACCCCGUCGCCUGCUUCCUGAUGGAACCUAUGAUGAGACCCCACGCCUUAGCAAGGUAUAUGUCAAAGCCGACCCAAGAUAUGCUGCAGUCAGGAAGCAGCCUGUAAUCGGGCGAGCCUUUUCUCGCACCUUCAUUGGUAAAGUUCAACAAGCUGCUCAGUUCCCGGUUGCGAGAAACUUUAUGAUCUGUCAUUCGAUUCCACAGGACUGUGAGCUUGGGAAGCCCUGCAAACACUGGGGCAUCUUGGAUGAAGCGGAUUGGUACAACCAUCCUGAAUCCCUUUGUCUUCAGGUUGUUGCUGUACAAAGUGACUUCGUUGCUCGGGGUCAAAGCGGCUUUAGUCUGGUUCACAUGUUUGAUGACCAGGAGCCUGAGCAGCUCAAGAUAGCUACUACCCCUGCGUACAUCUUCCAAUGUUUGAAGCCGGACUUUAGUAUCCUUGAGGGAGUUGGGUACACGGUUGUUUGUUGGAAACUGGUUGAUUCUUCUCCUAAUGCGGAGAGCAAGUGGAUGGAUCAGUAUGGACGUUGCAUGUAA